UGUCAGGCCACCUCCCACUUCCACUGAUUGGCAAAUGAGGACUUUGGGGCUGGAGGUGAGGACGGGGCUCACUCAGGGUAGGGAACUGUGCGGGGGAACCGAAGGGAGAAAGGCAGAAGUUGUCUCCACCAUGGCUGGAACAAAGGCACUUUUGACACUGGAAAACUUCAUUAAUGGAAUGUUUGUACCUUGUAACUCCUAUAUCGAUUCUUAUGAUCCGUCUACGGGGGAUGUAUACUGCAGAGUGCCAAACAGUGGAAAAGAAGAGAUUGACGCCGCGGUGGAGGCGGCCAGAGCAGCCUUCCCCGGCUGGGCGGCCCGGAGCCCGCAGGAGCGCUCGCAGGUGCUGCACCGGCUGGCAGAUCUGCUGGAGCAGUCCCUGGAGGAAUUGGCGCAGGCGGAAUCCAGGGACCAAGGUGAGUGCGGGGCUCAAUGCAAAGUGCAGCGCCAGGGAGACGUACCCUCCUUCCAGCUGGUCAGGUGACCUCUUGCAGACCUCUUGCCUCCUAACCACAAGGGCUGGGACUCGGGUACUUCCUCCAUAUUAGCGCCCCCCGGCCCCAUCAG